UUAGGAUAUAAAAAACAAGUGUCCUAAUCACUUUUCGCCACCUUUAAAACAAAAUCAAAUAAGAUUUCCCAGAUUCUUGAUACACUCCAAACAAAUAGGGGGAAAAAACUGUAUCAAUUGCGGGAAAAUCCUCAUGAAGAUCAGAAAGAACUGAACCCCACCAAUCAAGAAACAAAAAUCUAAACCCUAAAUCCAAAAAUGGACGAGAAGGAAUGGAAGAGACGAAACAUUGAAAUUUGCGUUGGAACCCAAUUUGAUUCUGUUCUUAACUCAGGAGGAGCAAAAGGUAAAGGCCAAUGGGGUCCGCCACUGCGAAGGUUUCAGACAAAUGCGCCCUUUGGCUUUCGUUGACCCAACGAUCACUUCUGAUUUGAUUCAUUUCAAUUUCUGAAAACCCCAAAAGCCGUUUCUCCCUUAACUUGGCGCACUACUCAUUCUUUUCUCUCUUUGAAGACAAGCAUUGAACUCCUGAUUUCUGGGUAUCUUUUUCUUCUACUACUGAUUCGUUUUCGAUGGUUCAAAAUCCAACGCCCAUAUGCCGCAUCUCUGUUCCUAAGAUGAUGAAGGACCAGCCUGCAAUCUAUCCGAAGGUGAAGGUGAGGGAGGAGAACGAGCUCGAUGAUCACCCUGCUGUAAAUGAGCAGAAGAGAAGUUAUCUGUUGUCUUUGAAAGAUUUGGAAUCACUAUUUCUUGAAGACUCCUCAAAUUCUUCAGAACUACAUAGAGAAAGGGCAUCUUGUUCUGAUCUAGGGACACCAAACUUCAGAGCAAAAGUGUGGAGUAAGUUUCCACCAAAUCUGACAGAAAACGAAGGAAAGGAGCAUCGUGUUUCUCCAUCAUCCACUGCUAAAGUUCCGAAAGUUUACAGUCCCAAUGUAGUAAAGCCAUCCACUUCUGAAUCUCAAGCAGAUAAGAGGUGUAACAAAGUUAAUACUAGAGCCAGUUCAAUCCCAAUGCCUCGUGCCGUCCUAUCCAGCCCUGAAAAUGAUCUGAUGAUUGGGAAGAAAAACAGAAAACCAACUGAAAAACCAUCAGUCUUGAAGAAUCACAAUUCAGUUCAGUCCAGACACUCACAGUGUAAGACCGUCGCUAGGCACAGUGGCAACGAAAAUCCCAUCUGCUCGAGGAAAUCCAAGGAAACUGUCGUCGAUAGUAAAUGUCGAUCGGCUGGGAAGAAUAGAAGCCAGAGUCCUUGAGGUGAUGCUAUCAUCAAGCAUGUAAUUAGCUUCUUCCAAUAGGGGAGAAAUAUAAGACUCGAGUCAAGGCUUGCACUGUCUAAAUGCUCAACAAGGCAAGAGGUUCCUCGUUCGUAGCAUAGCUUACAGAUGUUUUGAACUUGAAAACUUGAAAUGCAUGAAGUUCUAGUAA